AUGCCCACAUCUGCGGGGAAUAACUGCCAAGAGCCGGCACGAAGUAGUCCUCCGAGGACAAGCCCUUACAAGAACAAUCGCGAACUAAGAAUUGUUGGCCAAUUAAAAAGGAUCUUGAAGAGACAGCCGGUGAGGGCGGUACCGAAUCUGUACUCGGCUGCAGUAAUUGUCUGGAUAAUGUCACUCAGCUCCCACACUUUAGCAGUCUCUAGAUGUCAAUCAGUGCCUUUCUCACGCUCUUCUCGCUUCUAG